CAAAAUAAUAAAAAUAAAAAGAUUAAAAUCGGAUGAAAGAGUAAAAAUUAUUGAGAGAUUAAAAUUAAAAAAUUCUAAGGAGAAAAUGAGAAAGAAAAAAAAAAGAAGUCCAAGAAUGUGCGGUUGAAGUCUGCACCUAGCCACAAACUGGAUAAACUGUGGUCGUCGCUCAUGAAACCUUCCUCAUGGCCGCCGCAUCCGCCGCCUUCCACCACCACUAUAGUCGCUGCUGCUUCCUCUCCGACGUAUCCAAAGUGGCACUGAUUACUAGGAAACACAGACCAUUUCUGUUUACUUUUACAGAAAGAUCACGCCUUUACCAGCUCUCUUGCUUUUCUUCUUCUUCUUCUUCUUCUUCCACUUCGCCGCCGCCGCCUCCGCGGUUGCCGGAAUUAAAUUCCACAGCUUCGACGGCCGAGUCUUGCGUCAAUCUGGGCCUUUCCCUCUUUUCCAAAGGACGGGUGAAAGAUGCUUUGGAGCAGUUUGAUUCAGCACUAACUUUAGAGCCUAAUCCAUUUGAAGCUCAAGCUGCACUUUAUAAUAAAGCUUGCUGUCAUGCAUACAGAGGGGAAGGUAAAAAGGCAGCUGAUUGUUUGCGCCUUGCUUUGAAACAAUAUAAUCUCAAGUUUGGCACAAUCCUAAAUGAUCCUGACUUGGCUUCUUUUAGAGCUUUACCUGAAUUUAAAGAAUUGCAAGAAGAGGCUAGGCUAGGUGGAGAGGAUAUUGGGUACAGUUUCAGAAGAGACCUCAAGCUCAUUAGUGAGGUCCAAGCUCCAUUUCGAGGGGUUAGAAAAUUCUUUUAUAUUGCAUUUACUGCUGCGGCCGGAAUAUCUUUGUUUUUCACUAUGCCAAUGCUAAUCCGUGCACUCCAAGGGGGAGAUGGUGCUCCCGAUGUUUGGGAGACCUUAGGAAAUGCUGCAAUCAAUAUUGGCGAAAUUAUGGAGCUAUGGAAGAACCAUAAAGCUUGUUUGGGAUAACUUAUGGUAUACAUGCUUUUAUCAUAAGUAAUCUCUCAGUUAAGCGCUUAGGAUGUGUCUGGUUGGAGGGGAGGGAAAGAAAAGGAAGGGAGAGGA